AUGGGCCUUCUCCCGACCCCGAACCACGUCGCCCUCAUCCGCGACUGCUACGUCCAGCCCCACUCGUCCUCGUCCUCGUCCUCCCCCUCGGCGUCGAGCCCGCUCCCCCAGCCUGCGUCCAACGCCCUCUCCAAGCUCACCUUCUACGCCGUCAACCGCCCGACCAAGAUCCCCAAGGUCGUCGCCCACCUCGUCGAGCGCGCAUCCAAAGCCCGCGCCUCGAGCGGGCCCAAGGCCCGCGCCGACCUCGCCGUCACGGUCGACAUUGUGCGCGGCCUCGUCGUCGAGACGGGCGAGAGCGGCAAGGAGGGCGCGGGCGAGCUCAUCAAGGGCGCCAUGGCCGAGGAGGCCCUGCGCAUCGCCGAGAUGGCGCUCGGCGGCGAGGGCGGCAAGGGCGACCUGUUCUCGACGGCCCAGGUCCGCAGCGGCAAGAGGGACCCCGAGAUGGAGGCCCGAGGUGCAAGCUUGUUUCACGCCGUCGCCACAUUCUUGACCGCGCCGUUUCUCGGCGCAAGUGACGGCGUCGGCAAGCAGUACUUGCGAUGCCUGUCGCUCGUCUCGGGCCUCGCUCAGCUCCAGGGACCGGGCAACGCCGAGUCCCGCUUCAUCGCGCUCAAGGCGCUCGACGGCGCGGCAAGAUCCGAGUACCUGUACGCGACGGGCGGCGAGUACGAUCGGCAAGUCGAGGAACUCGUGCCGGCGCUCCUGCGCAACUGCCUCGACACCGACAUUGACAACUUGCGGGCCAAUCUCUCGUCGACGCUCGCCGACGACAAGUCGCUCCAGCCCAACCCGACCUCGCUCGCCUCCCGCAAGACCUCGUCCAUCUCGCUCCCCGACGACGCGUCAAAGCUCCCCGCCGACUCGACCGUCGCCCUGCCCAUCCUCCUCCUCCUGUCGCGCCUCUCGACCGUCCCUCAGCUCCUCUCCCUGCACGCCUCGUUCGCCUCCUUCCUCGACCAGCACGAGGCGGGUCAUCUGUGGCACGGCGAGUCGCAGCCUGUCGUCCUGUUCCUCGCACGCGCCUUCCUCGCGGCGGCGCCGGCAGGUCACCGAGCGCCCGUCGUCGCCUGGUGGAGCGACCAGGCCGGCGACAUCUACGACCGCGACACGCAGCACCGCAGCAUCACGCUCCUGUUCGUCCUCAAGCAGCUCAUCGAGCCGACCACGGCGACGACACCGCAGAGCGAGGAGGUCGCCGUCGAGGGCCUGAGCGCCGGCGGCGUCCUCAACACGCUCGUCGAGCUCCUCGUCCGGCGAGCUCGCCUUUCUUCACCGGUCGGCACGCCUAACGGCCUGCGCGAGUCGCCCGCGCUCGGCUCGGACCCGACCCCGACCGACCCCGACCCGCUCCUUCGCCCUCUCCUCGCCGUCGUCGCCGCACUCGCACGCUCGUCCGCCGCGCGAGGUUACCCUUCCCAGCUCGACGACCUCGCCUCAGACGUCAUCGACCUCCUGCGUGCGCUCAAGCUCGAGGAGGGUCGCGCCGAGCGCCUCGUCAGCGGCAUGACGAGCGAGGAGAAGUGCCUCGCCAAGGUGCGCGUCGUCAAGGCGCUCCGAACGCUUCUCCAGGAGGCGCCGCGCCCGGCGGCGGUCAACGGCGACUCGUCGUUCACGGUCAAGCGCUCGCCCGUCGGCGACGACGUCCUCGCCGCCGCACGGUCGAACGGCGCCUCGGCCGACGAGCUCGAUCCUGAGCUCAUCCGCCCUCGGCCCGUCGCCGGCGCGAGCAACGGCACGCUCAAGCGCGUCGCGUCGCUCGAGGCGCCCGGCGCUCUCGGACUCGGUCGACCGCUCAACGGCACGUCGCCUGCCCUGCACGAUGGCGACGCCCGCCUCCCGCUCGACGCCGAGCAGCCCAUCCUCCGCGUCUCGACGCCCGGCGGCGCGUCGACCACCCCGCCUCGCUCGCGCGACCCCUCGGCGUCGCGCCCGAGCAAUGGGCCGCCGUUGUCGUCGACCGAGAUGCGCCGUCAGCCGGUCGCACCUCGCACCUUUGCCCGGUCGCUCUUCAUCCUCACCGAGCCCGACUUGCGGCUCCGGGUCGAGUACGCCGGCGCCGCAGCCGUGUACGUCUCGCGCGAGCUGCCCCUCGUCGUCAGUACGAGCAGCGGCAGCGCCGGGUCGGCCGACGAGCUCGCGUCCUUCUGGCGGCAGCUCCACGCCGGCGUGUACGGCCUCGCGAUCGGCGAGUCGUCGCCGCCCUCAUCGUCGUCGGCACGAGACGGCGCUGUCGACGGCGCGCAGCACGCCCUGCACCGCACCCGCAGCGCGCGCAGCUUGCGCUCGCAGCGCAGCACGCAGUCGUUCCACGACCGCGACGACGUCGCGCACGUGCCUGCCUCGUCGUCUCGCAGCGCGCCCGGCGCAGCAGACUACGCCGCGCUCGCGGCGCUCGUCGAGGCGGUGCCGCGCGUGCCCGCCGCCGUGCUCGAGGGCGUGCCGGCGCUCCUCGCGCUCGACGCCAAGGCGGCGACGAGGUGGGAGGUCGGGCUCGCUGGAGGGGCCGAGCUUGGCGGCGAGGGCGGUGGGGCGGACCCGGCGAGGGCGCAGGCGUGCAGGGAGGUUGCGGCUCGAGGGCUCAAGGCGGUCGGCAGGGCCUGGGGCCUGACGGAGCUCGAGCAGCUUGGCCAAGAGGCUCUCGUUUCGCUGUCGCCGUUCGUCAUCCCCGCCGACGCACGGCCCUCGUCCGGCUUCGCCGCCCGUCCGACGGCGGCACCUGCGGCUCUCAACGCCUCGCUCGUCAUCGACAUCCUCGCGACCGACUCGGGCCUGCAAAAGGCGGCGCAGCUCGACCGCACGAGCCUCGCCUCGCUGCUGGCGCAGCCGUGGUCGUACGAGGCCGCAAAGGUCGAAGCGUCGUCGGCGCUCCGCUCGCCGUACUUCUCGUCGGCGCUGCCCUCGCGGUCGCUCAUCAACCUCGCCGGCCCUUCGCGCUCGCGAGCAGGCUCGCGCGCCGGUUCCACCUUCCGCCUCGCCUCGUCGCCGCCUCUCACGGGCGGCGGCACGUCGCUGCACCCGCAGUCGAUCCGCUCGAGCGUCGUCGGCAGCGGCGGCGGCGGGCCAGGCUCGCUCGCGCCGUCGACCCGGUCUCGGUUCGGCCACGUCCCGAGCCUCGCCGACCUGCAGGCCGGGCUCGCCGGCACGUCGAUCCACACGGCGACGCGUAGCGCGAGGACGAGCGCGGCGCCGAGCGUCGUGAGCAGCGUCGGCGGGACCGGCGGAUGGGGGACGGGCGGGUCGGGCACGGGCGGGUCGGACGCAGGAGCGGGUUCAGGGCUCGGGAGGCGCAGGACGAGCAGGGCGACGCCGGAGAGUGUGCUCGAGCGCGUCGGGAGGAGGAACCGUGCCGGCACGGGAGCGUCGAGCCUGAGCGCCGCCGGCACAGGAGGAGGUCCGAGCGCGGUCGUCGAGGCGGAAAAGGGCAUGGCGGCGCUCUGAGUUGGAGAACCUUCGAGGAUCAUGUUCGUAUACUGUGCUGCUGUGCAAAAGACCGAGUCUCUUGGCUCUCCCCU